AUGGCCCCGGUCGGCAGUCCCUGCGUUGCGGGGCCACUGGCAGUGCACGCCACAGCUCGCCGCAGCUGCACGCACGGCCCGGCCACCCCGCACGUGUGGGCGCGAACCGCGGUCGUCGCGGCGACGGUGCUGGUCGCGGUAGCCCUGCUGCAGCCAAUCUACGCGCAGACGCGGACGGCGGCCAUUCCGAGCCCGCAGGCGCCUGCGAACCAGCAGCCGCAGCAGGCGCUGCAGGGGGUCGGGCGGUUUGUGCCCGACGAAAGCCUGGCAAGGCUCCCGCCUGGCCAGAAGCGGGCGGUGCCGCCGGCGCACACUUGGCAUAGGUCCAACAUCCUGCUGUUUGGCGACAGCCUGACUGAGCUGGGCACCAGCCCUGCGAGCGGCUGGUCUAAUGCUCUGGCGGACCGCUACAAACGUAGGGCUGACGUUAUCAACCGCGGCUUUGGCGGCUACACCAGCAAGCAGGGCCUGGAGAUCCUCCCAGAGAUCCUGGAGACCAUAGACCUUGGCAGGACACUGCUGGCCGUGGUGUGGUUCGGCACCAACGACGCCGCCACCCCCGACGGGCCCCAGUGA